AUGAUUCUGGUGGAUCAAAGUGAAAUCGGUUGUGAACGCCAGUAUGCGAUUAUGGCUUUCUCACCCUUCUCUUUCUAUCACAUAGGUCGCCUGAUAUUUCCGUUCCUUUUUGGUGUGCUGGUAGCACACGCAGUCCUAUUGUCCAGGACCGAAGAUGAACCAGUGGGGCUUUUUCGCUUAUUCUACACCAGCCAAAAAUGUGACCAUCCCAUACCGAUCAUGCACCAACAAGAUCCAGGCGCUCGUCGCGCACGAAUUUUGUGCUACGUUGAUGCGAAAUCCAACUUUACGACUAUUCACAUCCGGAAUACGUGGGGUCGUCGAUGUGAAAGACUCUGGUUUGAGAAUGGGCGCAAAAUUCCAAGGCUGAGCAUUGUGCCCGGUGCAAAUGCGGCCUGGUCAAAAUUGAAUUCGGUUAUUCACCGUCUUUACACUGAUGUGGAGUUCUACGACUUCUACUUUCAUGCGGAAUCACAAACCUACUUGGUAAUGGAAAAUCUUCAGCUUCAAAUGCAGUCCCACCUACCGGAAGAACCGCACAUUAUGGGCCAUAAAUUUCAAGAGCCCCCAAUGGGUCCCUACUAUAACUCAGCCAGCUACGUUCUAUCUCGAGCAGCCAUUCGAAAGAUUGUGGAAGACGCUCUUGAGCAACACCCUGAAUGUCCGACGCCUAAAGAAACUAAAAUAGAGAGACUAUUAAUUGUAUGUGGGGACGUGAUUGGAAUGGUACAAUAUGAGGCUUCAGAUGAUACUGGUAUUUACCUGUUCUACCCAAUUGGACUCAAAGAACUGUACUCCAAAAUGUUGACAUUCAAAUAUUUGAGAAGUCGAAAUCAUCUCCGAUCUCGGUGGAAAAACGUGGAACACGAAAAAAUGUGUUGUAUUUGCGUACCAUGCUGGCGAUUCGCCGUCUGUUGCGACGACUGGCUACAAAUGCACUUGAAAGUCUACCAUCCCAACGUCUUCGAUUGCGUCGUACGUUCUAUCAUGCCAGCCAUGGCCUCAGCACGUACGGUGUGUGCAUGUCUUACCUAUUUCUGUCUCAUUUGUCCGGUCGAAUUUUACCGUUGUUACACUUGCCGUGACCCGCUGGCCUAUCACAAGUGCAUGAUGGACUUUUGGUGUGUAUUGUGUCAGCAGUUGGACAUGCUUGAUAUGGAGGAGAUGGGAGUAAUACCCCAGUGGAAACAGUACAUGCAAACCGGAGAAUGGCCUUGGGGAGAGGAUAGUGAAGAAGAAGAUGGGGAGGAUGGAGAUGAAGAUGACGAGGAUGACGAGGACGAAGACGAAGACGAGGACGACGAUGAUGAGUCAUAA